AGAAAUUUUAUUCCUACACGUUUCCCACCAAGGAAACUAGCGAAAAUGAUGGACGAAAAGAGUUUUCUGCUGUAUUAUCUUGUUGGUACUCCUAUAAUAAUCUGGACCGCAACGCUCAUUCUCGCAAUCAUCCGUAUCUGGAACAAAAAUCAUCGAGAUUUGGCGGAGGAGAGGAAGAAGCUGGAGGAGCGGAUGAGACCACCAAAUUCUGGAUUCAAGGAGAGACGAGUGGUCAAGAGAAGACGGCCGAGGGAGACUUCAAAGCCAUCGGAUGAAACUGCUGCUCGUGCUGGAUCUGUUCAGCCCAAGGAAAAUGAGCAGUUGUUGAAGAAAUAAUAAGUUUUGAUGAUAUUCUAAAUUUUGGCUUUUUUUAUCUGUAUAAUUAAACAUAGCCGAUGAAUAAACUAUAAAACAAGG